GUCUCGUCGACGCUACAGCGGCGGCAACAACAUUCCAAUAAGUAAACACCGUGGUGAGAUGCACUGGCAGAUCGCUUUCUUCCUUCUAUUUACCGGACUUUUUUUAAUUAAAGGAGAUCCGACGACGAAUGGCAAUCAUCGUAAUAAACUGAAUAAACUCGGAACCGCACACAAAGGGCAUCACAAAUCGCAGGAUCGCUUGGCUUUUCUAGACGAAAUGCUUAUAGGAUAUGAUAAAAGAGCGUGGCCCACCUACGGUACAGGAAAACCCACUUUAGUAACUGUUAAUAUGUACGUGAAUAGCAUCGGAUCGGUAAAUGCCGCCAGUAUGGAAUUCAGCAUGGACAUAUAUCUGCGACAGUCGUGGUUGGAUCACAGGCUACAGUUGUACUUAUACGGAACGAACACGACGAUUACCAUGAACGGAGAAGAUCUGAUAGAAAAGAUUUGGAAACCCGAUUUAUUUUUUAGGAACGUGAAAGAGGCCGAUUUCCAUUACGUCACCGUGCCCAACAAACUGUUAAGAAUUCAUCCCAACGGAGACAUCUUAUUUAGCAUGAGGUUAACUUUGAAGUUACACUGUCACAUGAUUUUCAAGCAUUAUCCUUUGGAUACUCAAAAGUGUAACGUAGUGUUGGGACCGUACGCUCAGACCAUCGACCAAAUAAGCAUCAAAUGGCAAGACAAAGACCCGAUCGUUCUGGAACAACCGGUGGAGUUGUCGGAAUUCGACAUCGACAGAUUCUACCACGGAUCCUUUCUUCGUUCCAUCGACACAGGUUCCUUUAGUUUCCUGAACGCCACGUUCAUCUUCGUCCGUCAGAACGGUUAUCAUCUGGUGCAGACUUAUCUGCCCACUUCCUUAAUCGUGAUGAUAUCUUGGGUGUCCUUCUGGCUGAACGUGGACGCCACUCCCGCCCGCGUCACCCUGGGAGUCACCACUCUGUUGGCCUUGACCACCGUGGCUUCCGGCGUCAGAACCCAGCUUCCACCCGUUUCCUACGUAAAAGCCAUCGACAUAUGGAUAGGCGUGUGUUCCGUCAUGGUGUUCGGAGCUCUGUUAGAAUUCACUCUGGUCAAUUACCUGUCCAGGAGCAAGAAGAAACUCAACGCCACGCAGAGCGUUCUCCACGUCCUCACGCGGAAGAAAGAGGAAUCGACGGAGACCGGCACGAAGUACGUCAACGACGAGGACACCAAAACCGAAUUGCAAAUCAACGCGCAGAAGCUGGAACUGGCGAUGAACCUGAAGCGAGCUCGAACCGUCGACCGAGUGUGUCGAGUCCUCUUCCCCCUGGCCUUUCUGACGUUCAAUCUGGCCUACUGGCCUUAUUACUCGUUAGCUCCGCCUCACUACUAGACUACGACCGCCUUCCUUCCUUCGUCUUCCGUAAUGUUUUUAACAUAUCAACGUUGUUACGCGCCGUACCACGCCUCGGACGCGCGAACCGGUGUACAUAUUAUACGCGUAUUUCUGGUCGCACUAACGGCCCCGAAGUACGUAUUUACAUUUCUCUCCUCGACUUCCCGAUAGAAUUUCGUCUCCAUUUUCGUCGAUAUACAAAAGACACUUAAGAAAUUCGCCGGCCGAAUUGCGGCUUUUGGCUAGUAACGUCAAAUUCCUUUUCCGACGUAAUUCCCGUCAGAUUUUCUUAAUCUGAUGCGGAAAAUUCUAGUGUUCGUCUCUUCGUUCUUAUCAAUAAAUUUCAACUAAAUACGAAGUGACGGUUGUAUUUCUGAUCCCGGCAAGCCUUAACCACACUUAAAUUCCACCCACCAAACCAUUAGAAACUUUUUACCCCAAAUUAUAUAUUAAGGCGGUUCCUGGCGUUUACUUGUUGUUAGACGAUAUGGCGCGAAUUCUCUGGUGGAAUUUGGAAGGGAGGUAACGAUUCCCCAUCGAUCGUACCGUGGGAAGUUCCUGCCAAAUUCUUUACGGCGACGACCGAUGGCUUCCUUCCCCCAAACUACAAAUAGUCGCUCUUUUUAUAACACCGUCUACCGAAUUAGGUAAUAUUAACUCGAUCUAUUCUCCUCCAACAGUUAUAUUUGUAUGCGGUCGAGUUGUCUUUUUGUCGCACCGCGUUGUCACUUAUUAUUCUAUAAUGUCAAUCGGGAGUCCAAUUCGGAGGGAUAACGACGACUAGACCGGAAAUACAUACUUUUGGUUUCGGGGCGUAGGCGGGUAAGGCUGGAUUACGCCGGGCGAGUUUACUAGCCGAUGGUAAAAACGCCGGCGAGUGGCGAGAAAAGUCGCUUUCGACUUUACCAACGUUAUUACACGCGGCGAGUAGCUAGUAAAGUCGCGCAGCGUAAUCCAGCAUAUACUAAUCGCCGGUCUUAAUCGUCGUAAUCUCGCGGCGCAAAAUCUCACCCGGAAUAAAUUUGAUUUGUAACGGAGUUUUCAAACUUUAUUUACGUUCGAUUUUCUUAAUUCCCGGCGGUCGGACGACCGAACCCUCGGGUAAUUAAUUAUUUAAAUCGGUUAAAGGCGUCCCUACGGAUCCUAUUAAAUUAAACUUUUUCGUCGUUCCCAUCGAAACGCGAAAUCGCCACCAUCCAACACCGAAUUUCGGAUUAAUUCUGCGGUUAACGACCUAUCGUACGCAGGAAAAUCAAAUGUAUUAAUGUAUAUAUAAUUCGUUUACCGGGAACUCCGAUCGAAACGUUUAAAACUGCUUUAAAAAAUCCGGUAGCCGGUUGCUUAACUUUCCGGGCAACGGGUAAAAUUGCUGGCGGCGCCAUCCGUUACGAUAUUUUAUUUAAAAAGUAGCAAAAGUCUUAAUUUCGAGGGGAUGGGUUUUAUAACAAAUGGUAAAUGUUGGCAACCGGUAAAAUCCUCGUCGAGUCGAUCCCACCGAGCCACCUCCUCCGAAGACCUUUAACCAACAAAAUGUAAUACCGUCGAUGCCCCUAAUACUCUAACUUUCCUGCAAAAUUUCAGAAAUUUUUGACCGAAAGCACGAAUGUUAUUAAACUUCGAACGGCGUAAACUAAAUCGUGCCCUCCCACACACAAACAUCCAUACAUACUGAAAAACCCUCAAAUUUUUUUGGUAUUUUCGACCAUUUAAAAUCUCGAAACUAUUCGUCCAAUAAAGCGGCGAUCGAUAAAGCGGAAAUUAAAAUUUUAUAAACGUAAUUACAAUUUUUCUUAGGGGAAAUUUUAAAAGUGGAAAAUAAAUUACAACCAAAAAAAAAAACAAAAACAAAAAUAAAUUACAACAAAAAAAAAGUGGUUGGAAUGUAA